AUGGCUCCCCCUUCACUGCUUGAAAAUGCCGAACUGAGAUCUGCAUUGUCCAUUGAAAGCCUUACUAGAGUCCAAACGAUUGCAGCGCAGAAAUACCCUAUUUUAAACGUAGCCUACUCUAUUUCGCUCAACGAACCGUGUGAUUUUGUUAUGCUUGACCCGCAAAAUGGAGAUGCCGAGUAUGAAUGCUCUGCAGGAGAUGUGAUAUACAUUAAAAUUGCUAUAAGCCGACCAUGGGUCGACGGCGAUUUCACCCCCAUCCUUAAGGAGGAUCCUAGCCAAGAGGGCAAGCAAAAGUAUGCACUUGUCCCGAAUAUCCCAAAAGAAGCGUUUUCUCAAAGGGAUGAAGAGAGCGGUUGGGCCGUUGUUGGAUACCAAAAGUCCAUCAUGGCAAUAAAAAGGUUUCCAUUUGGGGCUUGGACUAAAACAGCAGAAAAUAGCGCCGAAUUAUCACUGACAUUGCAGGCUUCUGUGCCUAGCGAGGCGACAUCUGGUGAUGUUUUGUGCCUGAAGAUUUUGAUCAUCUCUAACACCUGGAUUGGUUCGGACCAAGAGUAUGAGCUUAAACUUCGGAUGAAUUGA